AUGGACGUGAUCAAAGAUGAUACAGUGGGCCUGAGUAGCGAUGAGAGUCAACUCCUCAGCCUGGGCCACAAGCCAGAGCUGAAGCGAACAUACAAUUUCUGGAGCUUGAUGGCAUACCAGACCACCAUUCUAUGCUCAUGGAGUUGCAAUAUUGUCAUGUUCUACUACAUAUUUACGCUCGGGGGGCCGGUGUGUCUGGUCUGGGGAACUGUCGUAGUCACGAUUGGGCAACUCCUUGUCAUGGCUUCACUGGCUGAAUACUGCUCGAUCUGGCCUACUGCAGGAGGCCAGCAGUUCUAUACACAGGUUGUCGCCCCCGAGAGCUCACGGCGCUUCCUCUCGUAUCUUGUCGGCUGGUGUGUUCUGGUGGGAGAAAUUUCGACAGCUAGCUCCUGCGCGUUGAACAGCGCAGAAAUUGUGGCGGCUCUCGUUGAGAUCAUCCAUCCAAACGUUGACUGGAAGCCUUACAUGACCUGGCUUAUCUAUACAGGCUUUCUUGUUGCUCCUGCGCUGUCGAAUCUGCUCCCAAAGUAUCUUCCAGCCUUGCAACUAUUUGGUGCAUUCUUCAACAUCUCGAAUGCGCUCAUCUGGACAAUCGUUUUCCUGGUCUUAGCCGACAAGAACAGCUCAAAAUUUGUAUUCACCGAGUUUCUCAACACGUCAGGCUGGACGUCAAAGGGCUGGGUCUUCAUUCUGAGCAUGUAUGUUCCCAUCUACGGCCUCUAUGGCAGCGAUGGUGUAAUGCACUUGGUCGAGGAAAUGAAGAACGCCUCACGCGACGCUCCUCGAGUCAUGGUGUGGUCCAUGGUGUGGGCUGGCGUAACUGCCUGGCUCUCAGCCAUCGUUAUGUGCUAUACAGUAGGCCCCAACUGGGAAGAUUACCUUCAAGCCACCUCCUCCUACGUGGAAUGGUUCAUAGAGGUGCUGGACUCGACGUAUGGAGGGGGAAUAUGGGUUGCCAUCAUGAUGAUGGGCCUGAACUAUUUGAUCAUUGUCAACAUGAACACCGCCGGUUCACGUCUUGCAUGGUCGAUGGCUCGUGACAGAGCUUUCCCCUAUUCCGACUAUUUUGCCCAGGUCAACAAGCGAUUCCAGAUGCCCCUCCGAGCCAUGAUGGGUUUUAUCGUUUUGAACCUCCUCACAGGUCUCCUUGUGCUGGGCAGUUCGCUAGCCUUCUACGCGAUAAUUUCGGGAGGCGGCGUUGCUUUGCAGGUCUCCUACUGCAUCCCGAUCCUUUGCGUGGUUCUGCGAGGCCGUCAACACUUGCCACCGCGACCGCACUUCGAUCUCGGUCGAUGGGGUUACGCUGUCAAUAUCGCGGGAUUGCUAUGGAGUAUCAUCGUGGUUCUUUUCUAUGUCUUUCCCCAGUAUGUUCCUGUCGUGGGUGAGAUAGCGAACAUGAAUUGGGCAAUUGUCAUCCUUGCUGGGGUCGUCGUCUUUGGUGGAGUGUACUGGUUCUGGAAAGGCCGACACGAAUACUUGAUAUUCAGCAACUCCAUCCUCGACGACAACGUUGUUAUUCACGGAGAGGCUGUCGUCACUGGCCGGGAUGCUGCCGCCACUUUUGGACAAUCUCAGCCCGAAAAGAGACUCGAUCUCUAG